AGAAGAGUUUAGAGAAGUGGAACAUAUAAAGUGGGUUUUAGUUCUGUUACAAUACACUAUUGUAUUGGGGAAUCAGGUUGAGAUAGAUGGUUAGUUUCCUCUCUCUGACAUUUCCGCGUACUGAACAAUACAUAACAAUUCAACGUCUAGUCCACAAUUGUUCAAUAUAACGUCAUUGAAACUUUGAUUCGACCCGUGCGUGCCCAGUGGGUCGCUUGAUCUCUUUUCUUCUGAUAAUUUGCUGAACCUAUUUCAUCAUACAACAUAACAUGACUCUAAAAAGGCUGGCUAUAAACUUUUACAUGUGAAACUUGAGAUAUCCAAAAAGGCUACUGUGUCUGAAAACGUUCUCCCUUGCUUAUAAGUUAUGUUUUAAACGGGCAAAUCCCGGUACUUCGCUGAGGUUAAUCAUUAUACACAACGAAAUACAGACUCUGCCAACCUAUUUGUCUUCAUUAUCACUAUGGCCACAGCAGAGUCUGGUAAACAUACCAUUCGACUGAGAGAAAAAGCAGGGCAGGACAGAAAAUGAGAAGAGAGAGAGCGAGAGCGUGUGAGAGAGAGCGAGAGAGCGAGAGAGCGAAGCGAGAGAGACAGAGAGAGAGAGACAGAAAGAGAGAGAGAGAGAGAAAGAGCACAUAGUGCUGCAGUGCCCACAGACCACACAUCCUGAUACAGUUGUCUUUCAAUCAUAACCCAGAGCAGCACAGCCUUUUCACCUCUGCUUUUGGUGGACACUCUCUGAGCAGGGUCCCCAUCAAGGCCUCAGCAAGAACAGACAAGACUGGGACUCCACAUCCACUGACCCACAGCCCACCUUCCCAGUGAAAGAACCCUGAUGACCAACAAGGGUUCAGUUCUACCAUGGGGAUCCCCCUCAUUCUGCUUCAGGCUUUUCUUCUUUGUCACCUGCCUGGUCCCUCUCCUGUACUUUCUGAGUAUGUAUGGGUGGGGUCUAUACUCUGACAGACUCCACAUUGUUACCGGGAACCUCACCAUCCUACUGUGGCAUUGGCCCUUCGGCCCGUCCUACAGCCUGGAGGGAGACGUGUGCUGGGACAGGUACCGUAUCCCUGGCUGCCGCCUGGUGGACCAGCGCUCCCUCUACCCCAGCGCUGACCUGGUGGUCUUCCACCACAGAGAGCUGAUGACGGGCCAGGAGCGGCUGCCCUUCCACCUCCCCCGGGCGAGGCACCAGACGUGGGUCUGGCUUUCCCUGGAGUCCCCUGACAACAAUGGAGACAUGAAGCCCUUCAAUAACGUGUUCAAUUGGACCAUGUCCUACCGCCGUGAUGCCGAUUUCACCAUACCAUAUGGAAAGCUGGUGGCGAAGGACAGAGAUACGGGUAAUUAUAGCAGCACACAGGGCUACAUUCCUAAAAAUAAGUCCCCUCUGGCCUGCUGGGUGGUUAGUCACUACAACCCCCAGCAAAAGAGGAGCUUGGUGUACAAUAGCCUAAAGAAAAGCAUCAAAGUGGAGGUGUAUGGGCAAUUGGAAGGGAGAGUACUGGCCCCCAGCAACUUGCUGCCCACCAUCUCACGCUGCUACUUCUACCUGGCCUUUGAGAACUCCAUCUCCAAAGAUUACAUCACAGAGAAGCUCUGGCGGAACGCUUACCAGGCAGGGGCGGUGCCUGUGGUUCUGGGUCCACCUCCAGAUGACUACAUGGCUGUGGCCCCCCCCAACUCCUUCAUCCACACUGAGGACUUUCCAUCCACUACGGAGCUGGGGAACUUUCUCAGCCAGCUAAUACUGGAUAAGGAGAAAUAUGCUGGGUACUUUGCAUGGCGGCGCAGCCAUCAAGUGAAAUUGUACACAGACUGGAGGGAAAGGCUUUGUAGCAUCUGCUCCCAGUAUCACAUCCUGCCUGCUCAGAAGGUGUACCGCAACCUGGAGGCAUGGGUCAGGUGGGGACACAAAGUCCACUGACAGAGCCUCAAAGGCUUUCUGCAUACCCAAAUGAGCUCCGACUCAAGUGCACUACUUUUGAACAGGGCCCAUAAGUACAUCACCUUGUGAAAAUGCACAGCUUCAGAAGUGUCAGUCAUCUAGAACCAGUGCGUUUCACAUGCAUGGACAUGUUUCAAUGAGUCAGUAAACUACACAUUGAGUAACGGGACUUUCCUGUGUUAUAGUUCCACCCUCUGCCAAUAAGUGUUCCUAUUUUCCUUCCCCACACCCAGCAAAAUAACUUGAGAACUGGCUCUAUGAACAUUUUAAUUGAUAUCACAGUAAGAUGUGUAAAAACAGCAGAAGUUAAGUAAUAUGUUACAGUACCAACGCAUACUCAGUGCAGAAGGUACAGGAAAUAUACCAAUCCAAACAUUUAACGACACUUAUUUAUAAUGCGUGGAUAUGAUAUGACAUUGACAAGACUUAUUGCAAGGCGUUCACUAUAAAGCAUUAGAACACCCACAAGGUAAAAACCUUAACUGUGAGAACAAAACGUAAAAUUGUCAACUUGGAAUAAAUUGCAACUACACAGGAGGUUGGAAUGGAAAAUGUACAGGUAACAUCUUCAGGUUUCCCCAGAGAAUUAGCCAGUUUCAAUAAAUUAUCAAAUAUGCUUUCAAUUAUAAACAUGGGAUUGUGUAAAAACAUGUCACAAGAGAGCAGAGUCACAAGAGGAAAUUACUUUAAAUACACAUGAAGGCACGAGAUUGUGACAUGGCCAUUUUAGAAAGGCCCGAUCAAAGCAACUAUUAUAGGAUUGAGGAAGUCAGUGAAACAGUUUAGGUCACUGACGAUCACAUUAACAAGAAAAACUGGUUGAGGGGCAGUACUCAAUGCCCCACUCGACAGACAUCCUGCCGUUUGUCCCCUUGGUGCAACAUGAACUACGGUUCCAGUUUUAAAAUAAAUCACUUCAGUUAGUGUGCAACAGAUGAAAAAUACAUUCAUGGGUAACAAAACAUACCAGAAUUCUCAGCAACACAAGUAAACUGUAUUUGUGUCAUACUUCCACUAUGAAAGUACUCCUGAGCAAGACAAAUACUUAUAGAAACUCUAGAUAAGAAAACUGUCACCUGAAAAUAGCUAACCGCUGGAGGAUAAGACGGAACAAAGAUAUUCAAGAUAAACAAAAUAUUUU